AUGCCGGCGAGCAAUAUUGAUUCGUAUCUACAGGACGCCAGAGAUAAUUUUGAUGCUGUUCGACCUGCUCCAAUAUACUCUGAUAACCAUCGAUCAAUAGUGCGAUGUGACAAUGUACAUGUUUCUACAAAUUGUUAUUAUGGGUACCAUGGGUUAAAAAGUACUGGAGACAACCACGUUGACACCGAUUACGAAAUGGCCGACGUAGGAGCAGAAGCAGUUCAACAGAAAACCUCAUCCAAAAGCAAAAACUUGUCUAAGAAACGUUGUGCAGAUGAUCAAGACUAUCCUCAAACUAAACGUCUUCGUGAUGAGGGCAUGGUGCCAUCAACUUCGAACUUCAACCCAUGUUUACUACGCCCAACUCACAACAACCCAGACAUAUCUCGUUGUCUCAUGGUCCAUAUGAUCUAA